CCGACUCGUCAAACAUCGCCAGCUGCGGCGUGGCGGGGCGGUGGGGAUUGCCCGGACACCGUCCCGGCUAAGCUGAGCCCUGUCCCGCGGCGAGAAGGGUGCGCGGCCCGGACCGCAGAUGAAUUUUACACCGGAAGUGGAAACGGAUUCACGCUUGGACUCGAUUUCACUAUUAUUUGUGAGUGGGGGCGCUGCUGAAAGAAGAAGAAGGAAGAUUUUCGACGCCUCUGGAGACCACUGCCGAAUGCUACGGAACCCUGGCUGAAGAGGACAACGCGGUUCCUGACAACGAGCCUCCAGGCCUGCGACCCACGGAUCCUCACUCCGCCUUGGUGCAAUCGUGGUUGGCGUCGCGUCGUGCUGCAGCCUGCCCUCGAUGGAGUGCCAAGUGUGCAUGUUGGCGUUCGACGACAGAAAGCACCGCCCCAAGGUGCUGCCAUGCGGCCAUUCGUACUGCCUCUGCUGCCUGAAGCAGCUCCGGUCCCGGCGGUGCCCAGUGGACAGCAAGGUAUUCGAGGCAGCCCCAGAUGACUUGCUGGACAACUUUAUUGUACUUGAAGCCACCAACAAGCCCGUCGAGACUGCGGCCCCCCGCUUCUGGUGCCUGCGCUGCAAGAGGGAUGCGACCCACCGCUGCGAAGAGGAGCACCCGGUGUGCAGCCUCAAGAAGGCGCGGGCCAUGGACGCGGCCCCGCUCCUGGAGGCGCUGCAGGAAGGCGAGGCGGCCGUGGCCGAGCUGCGCGACACACUGGACGACGUAGUGCGAGAGCUGGGAGACUUCCGCGACGAGCUGGAGCAGGAGAGGACCAGCUUGGCCUCGGCCAGGGAGCGCCUGCAGGACGCGCUGACGGCGGCCGCCCACGGCGCCGCCUGGGAGCAGGUGAAGCAGGCUGCGGUGCUGAGCGGCCUGUCCAGGACCGCGGCGCGUUUGGUGGCCGACCUGGGCGACCCCGGUGCGGCGUGCAGUCUUCAGGUGCGACGCGGCGCGGAUGGCGGUGUGGCGUGGCGGGGCGAGGUGCUGCCCGCGGAGACGCCGCGUCGAGACUGCUGCUGUGCCGUCUGGCUUGCAGUGGAGGACUGAAGCAACAAGAGCAAGGCUCACGCUCGCGGGAGGUCUCCAGCAAGGAGGAGUCCCUGACCGUGGAGGAGAUGGCGACCUGGAUGGAGGUGGGGUCUCGGGUGGCUCGCGGCAGGGACUGGCUGCCGACUUGCAGGGUGGACGGCUCGCCCCCCGGCCCCGGCACCGUCACGCGCAAGUGCAACAGCUCGGUGGACGUGAGGUGGGACAGCACCGGCGCCACGCACACGCACAGCAUGGGCUACAAGGGCACCUACCGCCUCCGCUUGCUGCCGCCGGAGCCAUCCUCGUCGCAGUGAAGGCGCUACGAGAACUCGAACAUGUACCUACCAGUCAUGUGCGAAUCAAAUGUUUUCUUACUACUCACAAGGUGAUCUGCGAACUCAAAUAUGUACUCAUUACUCACAAGGUGAUCUGAGAACUCAAAUAUGUACUCACUACGCACAAGUUGAUUUGCGCACUCAAAUAUGUACUUACUACACUCGCGGUGGUCUGUCUGCUAGCUCAAAUUUGUACUCACGACACUUAAGGUGAUCUGCCAACUUCAAUAUGUUCUUACUUCACGAAAGGUGACCUGUUAGCUAUAAUUUGUGCUCACGAGGCACAAGACGGUCCGUCGACUGAAACAUGUACUUCCUACAUGUAGAGUGAUCUGCUAGCUUAAAUUGCACUCUCUGAACUUACUAACUGGUCUAUACUGUAUCAAUUGUACGCCAAUUGUGGUUAAGCCAAAAGUAAACCCUGUAUUUAAAACGAAUCUUGUUUUUAAUAUUUUUACUGUGAAACUUCAAUAAAUGAAACGCUUGCUAUGCAAAGAAAAAAU